AACGGCGCCCUUUGAGGAUCGACGGCGCCGGAACAUCCGACAUGGAGACGCCGGUCGCGAGCGGGUUUUUUGCCGUAUCGCUGUACUCGUUGGCGUGGCAUCCCGAUAGCUUCAAUGUUGAGACAGCAGAGCGCCAGAUUUGGUGCUUUGUGCAGCUCGUACUGCCACCAGAACAGCCUCUUGAGAGUGUCUGGUUUGCCGCGGAGGACGAAAAUAUGAUGACCAGGAGCGUCUCGAUCUCAACACAGAACAGCAAACAGACUCUGGACUAUAACCAGAGCUCGAGAGCAGUGUCUCUCACGGCUGAAGCCAUGCAGGAACUGGUGCAAACGCAGCUACUACUGUCAUUUUACAGCGGCGUAUCCCGAACUCGAGCGACGGAUUUUCUACUGAGCAAGACACUCGUGCCAUUACGAACGGCACUUUUAGGUGGGAAGAAGAGUCAGCAGGUGGAAUUCGUAUCGCCUGGAGAGAAGUUUGUGGUUGAUCUCGACGUCCAAUGCGACGUGGCUCUGGCUGAUUAUCUGCUGGGCGCGAGAAUAAUGGAACUUCAUACACCUCGGUUGUUGAAUUUGCCUGCUGAGUGGACAGUUCCUGGAUGCAUGAGCAAUGAGGAAGCGAUUAAGUUUUGUACAUCAGAGCAGAAUACUGCUUCUUAUGAGCUGAAGAUCACACUGCCACAACUUGAGGAGAAUGAUAACCGUCUGGAUGUUGGCGGUGGAGACGAAAGAGCAACGCCACUGUAUAAAUUUGAUGUUAGUGCAUUGAAGGGAGGGAAAUUACAUUUUGAACCUGCUCAUGGGGGAUCUGAGAAGCCUGAAGCGAUAGAAAAUGCUAUUCAACCGGCACAAACAGGUGGCGAACAGCAAGAGGAGCGACCAGCUACCCCCGUUUCGACUUUGUCAGGAGAUUGGAGUGUCCAGUUUCCUCCAACGGCCAUAAUAUCUGUACUACUUUUCAAGAACUCCGUCGACCGUCUGAUUGAAUUUCUUACGGUGGAGAAACACGUGGGUGGAACGUUACGGCGAAGUCCGGUCGAAAACUUGAACGGAAAAGCAAUAGAUGCCAUUUCAAGCGAGUUCAGUCUCUAUCUGAACGAGCUUCUCGCGCCUGGUACCGCGCAAAUUCUGCCGAAGGCUCCACUACGAACUCUGUCACCAGUUACACGAGCCUUCCUGGAGCAGGAGCUUGCAGUAGCCCCUUCGAAUGAUGACAAGAAGAGGUUUCAGGCAGCUCUAGCCGACUACGAAACGACUGUGCAGAAGGCAGCAUCUCUAACCACCGCAGCAAUGAGUGCCGGAACACAGAUCGAGAUUGCUGCAGAGAUAUUGCACACACCACUAGUUCUGCAGCCACCACAAGUCUUGGAGUCUCCCUCAAAAUCAAUAACGCAGCUCAUUUCUCCGCGCGAUCUGGAAGCUGAGAGUGAAGAACGACGCAAUAUCCAUGGGGAUCUGCGUUCAGAACUGCGUCUGGUGAUGGUAAGUCUAUUGCGCGAGUAUAAGGAGGUGUUUCGCAACAAUGAAGACGGAAAGCAAGCGAUGGGUGACUAUGCAGCUAAUGCUCCCGCUCUACGUGAUGAUAAAAAGCAGACUCUCAUCUACCGAUUAAAUACUCAAGGUGUAUACCACUCGUUUAAAGAAGCACUCAAGAAGCGAAUCGUGCCUGUCAUCCGCGAUUCCUUUUCUCAUAGUGAAGUCGUUUUGGAGGUAAAUGAAGCUGAUGGGCAUGUCCAACCAGACGAGAAAACUGUGGAGGAGAAGAAGAAGGAGCAGUUCGGUCAGCUGUACACUAUUCUUAUGCAAGAAGUGAAUGCAAUUCUGAACGAAACAUUCUAUGCAGACUCGAACGCGCAGUUGGAAAAGGCCCAUGCGACAGCUGAGGGGCGACCGACAUUAAAGGAAAUCGAGUCCGUCAUAGAAGUGCUGCGGCUUAAAACUGUGGAGAACGAGGUUAGUGGUGAUUUCGAGAAAUGCGAGACGCUGCAUUUGGACCGAAUUGCAUACGCAGAGCAGCAUGCGGCUCACAUCCAAACGCACCCGAAAAGCCACAAGCUGAUUGACGUGGAUACGAAUUCUGCAUCUCAACUACUGAUGAAUGUCUGGUACGACUACGCACGAUUCUGUAUUGGUCAGGCAAAACUUGACAAGGCUGGAGCAGCUUUACAUCAGUGCUUGCGUCUCAAUUCACACGCUAUUCAAGCGUUGAUCGCUCUCGUAGCUGUGCAGUACGAGCUUCGUGACUUCGCACGCGCGGAGUCUUUCGUGAAGAACGCUGUGCUUGAAGCAGAGGCCAACGUUCAAACAGGUAACGGGAAUAGCGUUGAGCACAGUGCGCUGGCUCACGCUUUGUUUGCGUACCUCUUUUCACAAUUCGAGGGAAAAGACCCGACCGGCAAUUUAACGUUGUUCGAGCUACUCAAUGCACAGAAAAUGCUGCAGACUAAUACUGGUAACGUCAAAAACAAAGAUGUUACGUGUGUGAGUGCGGUAUGGAUAAUCCUAGCAGAAUACGCCCAUGAGUGCAAACUGUGGGGAGUCACGCAACAAGCGCUGCAACUAGCCGACAGUCAUAUGAAACCUCACGACGUACUCAGUGGUGAAUUACGAGUCAUGAAAAGAGCGAUGGAAGCCGAGCUGUGUUUGAGAGAUGGUGAUGCUGGUGAGGACGUUGCUUCUCGGGCGAUCAAGUUGCUGCAGGAAGCUCUAGAAAUCGAUGCAUCUCAUCCCGUUGCUUGGUUUACUCUGGGAAAAGUGUAUCUCCGACAAGAUUCUCAAACGAAGACGGCAAUAGAGUGUCUGCAGCGAGCACUUGAGCAUCGUGGAACUCUAAACACAGAAGCGCUGCGAUUUGGAUUGUACUUGCGGCUCGGUCUAGCACUUUUGCAUUCGUCACAGUUUGAGACAGCUGAGACUACUUUUCUGUUAGGGUGCGACGAGUUUCGCCUAGCUUCCUGCUGGCUUGGAGUGGGGAUUGCUUGUCUUCGGCUCGAACGAUGGGAACGGGCGCAGAUGGCAUUAGCGGAGGCCAAUAGAUUGGACUUCUCGAACCCAGACGUAUGGGGAUAUCUGGCACUUCAUUCUCUCACAGCCCAUGCUUCUGUCCGUGUUCGCGAUGAAAAAGAUGCUCAGCAAUUUGUUGCACAAGCAAUAAGGCAUAACCUCAGCAAUCCAGCUCUACUGCGAGAGCUCAGUAAUGCAUUUGUGGCGAUUGAUCGUCUCGAAAGCGCAGAAAAGCUACUGCGACGAUCAUUAGCCUGUCAGGACUCCUCUCUCACGCGGAAAACACUGGCAGACGUGUUGGCUGCUCAGAACUGUGCUGAGGAUGCUCUUCGACAGUAUACUACGUCACUUGAAGUGACUGAAGAUGUAGAAGAACGUUGCACUCUGUUGGAGAAAUGUGCUCAACUACUCACUACUCUAGGUAGACCAGAAGAAGCGACCGAGUACCGAACCAUAGCAAAACAGUUCCAGUCUAACAGCUAGCUUUUAUCGAUGAUAACGAUAAUCUGAUUGAAAUGUUUCUCUUACUGCGU